AUGGGCGACGCAGUCAUUGAGGGUUCGAACUGGCGCCUCGUUGAGGUUGGCCGAGUCGUUGUUAUCAACGGCGACCACCCCUUCGCUGGCCACCUGGCCACGAUCGUCGAGAUCAUCGACCACAAGCGAAUUCUCGUCGACGGUCCUUCCGCGAACGCUAGCCUCGCCACUCCCCGACAAGCUGUUCCCCUCAACAAGGUUCUCCUCUCCUCUCUCUCUGUUGAGGGCCUGAACCGUGGUUCCCGAACUGGUGUCGUCCGAAAGCUCUGGGAGAAGUCCGAGAUCGACUCCAAGUGGGAGCAGACCAACUGGGCCAAGAAGCGGGACCAGAUGGAGCGAAGGAAGGCUCUUACCGACUUCGAGCGUUUCCAGGUUCUCCGACUCAAGAAGCAGCGACGAUUCGAAGAGCGCAAGGCUCUGGCCAAGGUCAAGGCCUCCGCAUAA